AUGUCAGUAAAGAAAGCCGGAGUUUUAGGUGCUACAGGUUCUGUGGGCCAAAGAUUUAUAUUAUUAUUAUCCAAACACCCAGAAUUUGAAAUCCACGCUUUAGGUGCAUCUUCAAGAUCUGCUGGUAAGAAGUAUAAAGAUGCAGCCAGUUGGAAGCAAACUGAAACAUUACCAGAGACCGAGCAAGACAUCAUUGUUCAAGAAUGUAAACCAGAAGGUAACUUUUUAGAAUGUGAUGUCGUUUUCUCGGGAUUAGAUGCCGAUGUUGCAGGUGAUAUUGAGAAAUCAUUUGUUGAAGCUGGUUUGGCUGUUGUUUCAAAUGCAAAAAACUAUAGAAGAGAAAAAGACGUUCCUUUAGUUGUACCUAUUGUCAACCCAGAACAUAUUGAUGUUGUUGAAAAUAAAGUGAAACAAGCUGUUUCUAAAGGUGAUAAAAAGCCAGGUUUUACCAUUUGUAUCUCCAACUGCUCCACUGCAGGUUUGGUUGCACCUUUGAAACCCUUGGUCGAAAAAUUUGGUCCUAUUGAUGCAUUAACUACAACCACAUUACAGGCUAUUUCUGGUGCAGGGUUUUCACCCGGUGUUUCUGGAAUGGAUAUUUUAGAUAACAUUGUUCCAUACAUUAGUGGUGAAGAAGAUAAAUUGGAAUGGGAAACUAAAAAGAUAUUAGGUGGUGUCAAUGCUGAAGGGACUGAGUUUGUGCCAAUUCCAGAGAGUGAGAUGAAAGUUAGUGCCCAAUGUAACCGUGUACCAGUCAUCGAUGGACAUACUGAAUGUAUUUCAUUAAGAUUUGCUAACAGACCAGCUCCAUCUGUUGAAGAAGUGAAAAAGUGUUUGAGAGAAUAUGAAUGUGCUGCUAGUAAAUUAGGAUGCCAUUCCGCACCAAAGCAAACCAUCCACGUGUUGGAACAAUCAGAUAGACCACAACCUAGAUUAGACAGAGACAGAGAUAGUGGAUAUGGUGUUUCCGUUGGUAGAAUUAGAGAAGACUCGUUGUUAGACUUUAAAAUGGUUGUUUUGUCCCAUAACACUAUUAUUGGUGCUGCUGGUGCUGGUAUUUUGAUUGCUGAAAUUUUGAAAGCAAAGAACAUUAUUUAG